AUGGCAAGUGACAAUAAGCCUCAUGCAGUUUGCAUACCAUACCCAGCUCAAAGCCACAUAAAAGGAAUGCUAAAACUAGUCAAGCUUCUCCACCACAGGGGCUUUUACAUCACCUUUGUCAGCACAGAGUUCAACCAAAACCGCCUUACCAAAGCCAGAGGACCUGACUCUCUUAAUGGCUUCCCCAAUUUCCAAUUCAAAACAAUACCAGAUAGCCUCCCACCAUCCGAUCCCAACACCACCCAAGACGCAAUUGCCCUAUGUGGAUCAGUCAGAAGGAACUUCUUGACACCUUUUCGCAACCUCCUCGCCCAACUCAACGAGGACAACAACAAUGCAACCACACCAACUGUCACUUGCAUUGUAUCUGAUGGUGUAAUGCCAUUCACCAUUACAGCAGCUGAUGAGCUCCGAAUCCCCGUUGCUGUGUUCUGGACAUUUUCUGCUUGUGCCUUCAUGGGCUUUUAUCAGUUUCGUGCUCUGUUGGACAAAGGCCUUGCACCACUCAAAGAUCAAGCUGAGGCAUCUGGAAAAGACAGAGAGGUAAAGACGAAGAAAGAGAAGCAGCUGGAAGAAGAGGUGCAUCGACACGUAGUAUUAUCAGCAAUGGACAAGGCUAAAUUGUCUAUUGACACUACCCCCAAACAGCUUGUGGGAUUGGUCUUCCCAGGUGGGGCUAGGCCAACCCUUACCUUCUCUGAUGAAGAAUUGCCGCUAGAUGGCUCGGCUCACAACAAACCCUUGUACAUAUCUAUGGAGUGCAGGGAGAAAUAG